AUGGCCGCCAACGGCACCCAGGCCUUUGCGCCAGUAUUGGCUGCCCUUCAGACCAUGCAGUCAAACGUAGAUCGUGCGCAAAAGGGCCAAGCACACGAGUUCCUCGAACAAUUCCAGAAAUCUAAUGAAGCAUGGAACACAACCUUCAUGAUCCUGAACUCCUCCGAAGCUACUACCGAAUCGAAGCUGUUUGCCGCCACAACCCUCAAGGGCAAGAUCGUCUUCGACUUCCACCAGCUGCCUCGCGAAUCGCUGCCCGAAUUGCGCAACACCCUUCUCUCGCUACUCGCCCAAUUCAGCCAAGGGCCCAAGCCUAUCCGCACACAACUAUGUGUCUGUCUCGCCAACCUCGCCAUUCAGAUGCUCGAAUGGAAGGAUGUACUACAACUUGUUGUUUCUACCCUGGGCAACGACCCCAAUGGCAUCGCCUGCGUUCUCGAGUUCCUGCACGUCCUGCCUGAGGAGGUCACAGAGGGAAGAAAGAUCAACCUUACCGAGGACGAACUCAGAGACAGAACCGUCGAGUUGCUAGAAGAGAACGGUAACCAGGUCCUUACACUGCUCAACCAAUACGCACAGUCCUCUGAGGCAGCCUCAAAGAACCCUCAGCUCAUGGAGUGCAUCACAUCAUGGAUCAGAGAAGUUCCGCUAAACGACAUUGUCAACUCGCCUCUACUGGAUGUGGUCAUGAACGCUCUAGAAACCGAGUCGUCUUUCGACUCCAGUGUUGACACUCUUUGCGCAAUCUUCAGAGAGACAAGAGACGUCGACGAAUGCAUGGCCGUCAUCAAGACCAUGUACCCUAGAGUCAUGUCCAUCCGCCCGAAAAUCGCUCAAGCUGCAGAGGCAGAGGACUUUGACAUGUUCAAGGGUCUGACGCGCAUCUUCUCAGAGGCUGGUGAAGCUUGGGUUGUUCUCAUCGCUCGCAUGCCUGAAGACUUCCGCGGCUUGGUCGAGGCAGUGCUUGAGUGUGCUGCCAGAGAUACUGAGAAAGAGGCCAUCUCCAGCACUUUCAUCUUCUGGUACGAACUCAAGCAAUACAUCACCCUGGAACGCUACAUGCAGGCUCGCAUGCAAUUUGUAGACAUCUAUCUGAACUUGGUCGACAUCAUGAUUGGCCACCUUGAGUUCCCCAAGCCCGAAAGCGGCAACGACAACGACCUCUUCGACGGCGAUCGUGAGCAGGAGGAGAGAUUCCGUGGCUUCCGUCAUCAAAUGGGCGAUGUCUUGAAAGAUUGUUGCGAGGUCAUUGGUGUCACCGAGUGUCUGCAAAAAUCGUACGUCAAAAUUGAGGAAUGGGUCAACACAUACGGUCCGCAAGCAAGCACAGGAAAUGUCCCCGAAUGGCAGAAGCUCGAGGCUCCUCUAUUCAGUAUGCGCGCCAUGGGCCGUAUGGUUCCUCCGGAUGAGAACAUUAUGCUGCCUAGACUGGUACCUCUGAUCGUGCAGAUUCCUGAUCAAGAAAAGGUUCGCUUCCAGGCUGUUAUGGCCCUCGGAAGAUACACCGAGUGGACUGCUCAACAUCCCGACACUCUCGAGGCACAGCUCAACUUCAUCAUGGCCGCUUUUGAUCAUCCAUCGAAGGAAGUCGUCACUGCGGCAGCUCUCUCGUUCAGAUUCUUCUGUAACGACUGUGCUGAGCUGCUCAAGGGCUUCACAAACCAACUCCAGACCUUCUAUGAAACAGUCAUCAACAGACUACCACCUACCAGUCAAGACGAGAUCACAGAGGGCAUGGCAGCAGUACUCUCGAGACAACCUGUCGACCAAGUCUACGCCUCCUUCAAAAUGUGCUGCGACCCUGUUGUCAAGCGUCUGAUGGACAUGGCACAGUCUGCUAGCACAGAAAAGGAGAAGCUCGCCCUUGCUGACCAUCUCAAUCUCAUCACAAUCUUCGUUCAAUGGAUUCAACCCGAAGUCAGACCCGGCGAGCCGCAUCCUGCUGUGCAAUACUGUCAAGAGAUCUUCCCCGUCUUGGCUGCUAUUGCAGAAAACUUCUCAAACUUCACACCCGUCCUUGAGCGCGUCUGUAGAUGCUGGCGUUACAUUGUGCUCUCGUACCGCACACAUACUGCACCGCUUCUUCCUGUCCUGGCCGAAAAACUGGCAUCUGGUUUCGCUGCAUCAAGACAAGGCUGCUUCCUUUGGGCGACCGACUCAAUCGUCAGAGAAUACACCGACGAAUCAGAAGGCAUCACCCCCGAGACAACACAAGCAAUCUUCAACUUCUAUGUACAACAAGCGACUACCUUCUUGCGCGCGCUCAACGAUCUGCCGCCAGAGCAACUUCCCGACGUCAUUGAGGACUUCUUCCGCCUUUGCAACGACGUACAGGCAUACCACUCACGCUCGUUUAUCGCGAAUGAGCUGACCCCUACCAUUCUAUCUGCCGCUUCCACAUCGCUCACCCUCCUCAAAGACGAGCCUAUCCUGGCAACGCUCCACUUCUUACGCGACUUCCUCGCAUAUGGAGGUGAAAACGCACCCACUUCUACUUUCAGCGAAGACCCCAACCGUCGCAUCAACCCGCCAGAAAUUCAGACUGCCGUCAAGACGCUUAUCUCCCAACAAGGUGAGGUGCUUGUUCAACGUCUCAUGACAGGUAUGAUGUACACCUUCCCUGCCGACUGUUUCCCAGAUGCAUCAGGAGUGCUGCUAGCCAUGUUCCAAUUACUGCCAGAGGCCACUGCAACAUGGACAGCCAACACAGUCUCGAUGCUUCCCACGGGAUCCAUCAGCCCACAAGAACAAGAGAGACUUUUGCGCAAUAUCGAGCAACGCAUUCAAUCUGGAGAUACACGUAAGAUCCGCACACUGUUGCAAGAUUUCACAAACUCGUAUAGGAGAAGGAAUGUUGCGCCUAGAGAGGGUCUUGGUAGAUUGGAAGCUGCCAGAUUCCGCUUUGCUGGUUAA